AUGGACGAAAAAGCAAAUAAGAGUAAUAAGUAUGCUGUUUGUAAAUGUUGUAUCGAAGGCUCUAUAUAUGAAGAAGCUUAUAAGAAUAGAAUAACUAAUACUCAACAAGAAUGCAGGCAUUACCUUAAUUUCUGUCAAUUUUUUAUAGCAAAAUAUCCUAAUGAAACAGAGUGUAAUAAUAUUUUAAACCUGAUCUUAGAAAAUAAUUUACAAGAAACUGAUGAAACUACUUUAAAAAUUUCUUCAACUAUUUCUAAUGAAAGUAGUUCAAAAUUACAAAAAAAAGAUAUGCAAACAGAUCAGCUUGAUGUUACUUUAACUUACGAUAGUUGGAAGAAUAUUAAAAAGAAAAGUUUAUUAGGAAUAGCAUUAAUUAAUUCAAAAGGCAAAAUAUUAAUUUGGGAUGCAAAAAAUCUUUCAGAAAGACGAACUCGAUGGUCUGAUAUUGUACAAAUUACUAAUGAUCUUUUUACCAAAUUUGAAUAA